AACGUCAAAUCAAAACAUUGAAAAUUUUCACACGGAACGGACGGACGACUGAUUGAAGGAGUGAACGAACGAGCGAAAAAACGACGGAGUGUAGUGUACCUGUGUGACUCGUUGUCUUUUCUGUGGGGUGCCUGAUUGGUGUGCUGAACCUAAGGGGGGAAAGGGCAGAGUGUCCGGAUGAAGCGAAACAUUGUGCCGUAAGUGGACGGAUUUCGCGUGAAAACGGUUCCCCGAGGGGUUGUGAUGUUGUGAAGCAAGAAGCGAAGAAGGAAGUGUUGUCUGAAGUGGUGCAAGUGUUUUGAUGUGUGUAGUUUUCGAGUACGGUUAUGAGAUUGGCGACGGGGGACGGGGGUAACGAGUGCGAAAAAAUUGAAGUCAUUUGUUGCUUCAUCGACUGGUGUCGAGAAUCCUGGUGGAAUGAAGUGGUGCAAGAAGUGAGGAAGUGGAAGUGAUUGGAGGGAAUCAGUACGCGAGGAAGAGAUUUCUGGAAGCCACGGGGAAAGUGAAAGAUCGUGAAGGAGCUCCGUCAAGGACUCCACUGGGGUGUUGAUUGGCUCAGACAGAACGUCGUGUGAGAAGCGCUAAUAAGUCUAGUAGGUAGGCUCUUCGUGAGUGGCUGUCCUUGCAGCAGAGCAGGCAACAGCAGUGCCGUCGAAUCAAGUGCAAGCGUCCGAUCAUCAGCAAGGGGGACGUAAAACGACAUCCGUCACCUGUAGGGGAUAAAAUACAUCACUAGGAGACAACGAUCGCAGGAGAGUAGCUAGUCGGUGGUGCAGAGCCAGCGGUGCGGAGAGAUAGGGGAUAGCAGCAACCAACGGCAGCAAUCAGCGACCGCAGACAGACCAAGUACAGGUGGUCGGAGGCAGUUGCUACUUCUACUACUAAGUACUAGGUAUCCGCUUACUGCCAUUAGCCGCCAGAUUCGCAGAAGCGAGAGCAAUCCGGUGAAUCACUACAAUAAAGUUCUGGGAGCAAAAGGUCCUCCCCUUUGGUUAACGUAGGAGGCGGUGCGUAAGGUCGGGCUCUCAGAAGAAGAGACGUUCAACGACGAUGACUGGUAGUGUAAGGUCGAAGAAGGCGGUGGAGAUAUCGGCAGUUGACAUCAAGUGUGCUGCGGCGACACCAAGCGGAAAGUGAGCAGCAAAAGCAGAAGCACUCACAGUGACAACUCAGUCAAGGACGGAAAGCAGUCUGAGAGGAGAGGCGGGAAGGAAGUAGACGAAGAAGGGGGCGUGGAACCCGACGCAGGAUAAGAGAUCAAACAACAGCGUCGUCAUGUCGGAGUCCACAUCCAACCACCGGCGAUCGACGUCAAUGACGACGAUGCCCCCGGUGCUCACAGACAGCCACAAAGGUUCCAUCGAAGACAUCCAGAUCUCGCUAGCGCCGUACAUACAGAGCUACCUGACGCAAACCGGCCGACGCCACUCGUGCUGCAGCGUAAUGCUUCCGGUAGCGUUCGAGCGGGCUGCCCCGCGUUCCUGGUUCGACCCGCGGUUCGAUUCGCCGGUCCUGGAGGGCCAGUUCCAGGCCAGCGUAUUUCCCCAGAUAAGACUCAAAUUCAGAUUUGCCCUCUUCUACAUCCUGCUCUGUUCCCUUGUUUGGUUGCUGUACUUCCUGUUCGACGGAGGGCCUACCCAUUACCACCUGCUGACGGGAUCGAUCGGCCUAAUUCUGAUAUUCGGCCUUGUGGGCAUGUGGCUUACCCACACCGACAUCUAUCGGGCCUACACCAACUUCAUCUCGUCCGCUUGUGCCAUCCUGCUGUGUAUGUUCUCGCUGUUUCUUCUACUGUUCACCGAGGACGCCCUCAGCCCUCUAGGGCACUUCUCCAUCUGCAUCGAAAUAGUGAUGCUCAUCUACACCAUCAUCCCACUUCCGCUGUGGCUAUGCUGCAGCAUCACUUUAGCUUACUCCGUGUGCUUCGAAGUGCUUUCGUUCUUCCACCAGCCGCACUACGUCCAGGAACCGGAAGUGGACGAUGUGGAGCUGGGAUUCUACGCACAGUCGGACUCCGACAAGGAAUCCAGUGGGUUCGUGUACAAAAUAGUGAUAAUCCGGAUGUUGAUCCAGCUGUGCGUCCACCUGCUAGGGGUGCACAUUCUGAUCAUGACCGUGGUUCGGAUGCGGGGGACCUUCAUGAAGGUCGGGCAGAAUCUGUUGGUGCGGAGGCAACUCGAGAUGGAGAAGCAGCUGAAGGAGAAGAUGAUCCACUCGAUGAUGCCUCCGAAGGUGGCCGACUUGCUGCUGAAGGAAAGCGGGAGUGUAGUGAAGGGGAUGAGCUUUGAACAGUGUCCACCGCGGAGGGCAACGCCUUCGGACCUGAAGAGCCUGUUCCGGCCGUUCCACAUGAACAGCAUGGACAAUGUGAGCAUUCUGUUUGCCGACAUCGUCGGAUUUACGAAGAUGUCCUCGACGAAGACGGCCGAACAGCUGGUGGAGAUAUUGAACGACUUGUUCGAGCGGUUCGACGAUCUGUGUCUGAUGAACGGGUGCGAGAAGAUUUCAACGCUGGGGGACUGUUACUAUUGUGUGAGUGGGUGUCCGGAACCGAGGCCGGAUCACGCGAUCUGUUGUGUGGAAAUGGGACUGGGGAUGAUUCUGUCGAUACGGACGUUUGACGCGCAACGACAGGAGGGAGUGAAGAUGCGAGUGGGGGUCCACACGGGGACGGUGCUGUGCGGGAUUGUGGGAACGAAACGGGUCAAGUUCGACGUGUGGAGCAACGACGUGACGCUGGCGAACAGGAUGGAAUCCAGUGGUCGUCCGGAUCAAGUUCAUGUUUCGGAGGAAACCUGCAGUUUUCUGGGCGAUUCCUACGUUAUCGAAGAGGGCGAAGAAGUCGACGGCCAUCGAACAUACUUCGUCCUCGGCAAAAAACCGGAUCCCAUCUGUUCCAUCACCGAUGGCCUAUCGAGUCUGGGCCUACCGGGAGAUAGCAGCAACAUGAUGGCGUCCUCUCCGCUGGACGGAAACCAUCAUCGACACUCGUUCAUUCACAAUCACAGCCCUAGCGAUGGUCAUGAACCCGGAACGUGUUGCCUGUCGCAAAGUGCUACCAAUUUAUCGUCGAUUCAUCCUGUUGUUCCACCGGCUUCACCAGCUGGUCCCGUGUCAUCCUCGCUGAACCCCUCGCCGGUCUCCAGUCCACGGCCUCGUAUAGCGUCACUCUCAAGGAUGACGAAAUUUCUCAAAGGUAAACAUCAUCAGGCAUCCAGUCGGGACGUCGAAAAGCCCAAGAUCAUCGUCAGCACCAAGUCGAUGCCCAACGGGAUCGACUCGGACGAUGCGGACGAAGAUAUGACAUCUGCCGUGGCCACGGUAGCCAACGAAAAGGGUUCCAAGUUCAAGAGUUGGAAGAUGGGACGACUGCUGAGGAAGAUGGACUCGACGGGGACGGCGCCAACCACAAACGGCAACGGUCAGGUAAGCGCCGCGGUAACUCUGGCCUCAGAGCUGGAAUGCAACAAAAACUGUGAUAGUAGUAGGAAAAGCGAAGAAGUGCCAUGUGUAGUAGAGCAGAGCAGUAGUGGUGUAGGAGGCUACCAGCAGUUACCGAUAGUGAUUGUCACUCCGAGACCGAGCUGCCACACGUUGGAAGUGUCAGGUGGCCCGGCCCAGGGGAGUGGUCGGUCGCGAGAACGCGAGGGCUCGAAAUCUAUGAGUGUCGGCGCCAGCGGCGACAACAAUUCCAACCUCAGUCAGAAUUCCGUGUUUGACGACAUCAUCGACGUAAGGUCGUACAUUUCCCAAAGUCGUAGCGAUAUCUCACCCUUUGCCCGAACCGGGAGCUACCGAUCCCAGUGCGAGAAGGCGUCACUGAUUGCGGAAGCUCCGAGUGGGAGACCUCGAAGCUCAACGAUCGCUUCGCACAGUGUAGAGUUGAACAGUAGGCAUAGUUCGGUUUGUCCCGGUAGUAGGCUACUCUGCGACGGAGCCAGCUUAUGUCCGUCUGCCACUUCUCGGAAGGACUCCGGCAUCCGAUCGAACAGCCGACGUUCGAGUAUACAGCAGCAGAUCAUGCUGAUGAACCAAAGUGCGGCUCUGUCAGCUCAUCGGGUUAGCGGUUAUUUCACCAGUUCUCAAUCUAGUCUUUCGGCGGUCGUAGCGGCAGUCGGUGCUUCCUCCACCGAUCCGGUCAUGGCUCUCAAAGCCAACGGCGAAGUGAACGAUCUCCGUUGCGUCAUCAAAGAAGCUCACCCAGACCCAUUGGCAGCUUGUCUGCAGCAACUUCGAAAGCAAUCUGACCUCCAGCUGAUCCGUUGCGUGCGGGAUAAUGCCCGAAGUCAACGGAGCUAUCUGGUAAAGCCUCCUCUCCUACCCAUUUCCCUUCGGUUCAAAUCUCGCCCAAUGGAGCACGAGUUCCGUUCCAAAGCGCAUCGCUUCGGCAGUGAAUCUGAGCUGGAAGGUGGCCCACCAACCCUCGCAACUCCGAAGUACAACACCUACAUAGAUAUCCUAGUGUCGUUCCUCAUCUACAUCGCCACGUCCACUUCGUUGUUUUUGCUUUCGCCGUCGGUCUAUCUGGAGUCGUACAAAAUAUGGGUUUGCAUCUUCAUGGCCUUUAGCACCUUGCAGCUGUUUGCGCUGUUCAUCUGCACUAAGCAGGUGUGCCGGAGGGUUCACAAGUACGCCCGCCGAUCGCGACCCAUCGUAACCCAAAGCUGCUACGACAGCGUAUUGCGGAUUGUGUCCAACUGGUACCCGUGGCACAUUUGCGGAGCAGUUCUGAUGUCCCUGCCGGUCAUCUCGAUCCUGUCCAACUUUGCCAUGAUGGACGUGAGCAAGUUCAAGAUCUUCGAGUUCCACUACGGCUUCCUGAUGUUCAUCUGUGUGAUACACUUUUGCAACUUCACGCAGCUGAACUGCUGGAUGCGGAACUGUUUGGCGCUGUUGACGUCGGUGGCCUUCAUUGGGAUCGCCAUCGGGCACAUGCUGGAGUUGAGGAAUGGAGCGGCGGCGGUGGAGGUGCUGGACACCGUCGUGAACGGGACGGUUGGGGUGAACCCGGAAUUGAAGCAAGCGCAGUUCGAUUGGUUCAACGACUACCGGAUCGAGAUCUACGUGGAUCUGUUCCUUCUGUUGAUCUUGGUGUGGUUCCUGAAUCGGGAGUUUGAGAUUAGCUAUCGGUUGAGUUUCUACGGGAGUGCGGUCGCGAACCAGGACAAGAUACGGGUGCAGAGCAUGAAGAACCAGGCGGACAUGCUGUUGCACAAUAUCAUUCCAAAGCAUGUGGCGGAGCAGCUGAAGAAUACGGCCAAGUAUUCCGAGAAUCAUAAGAACAUCGGGAUCAUUUUUGCCAGUAUCGUGAACUUCAACGAGAUGUACGACGAGUCGUAUCUGGGAGGGAAGGAGUAUCUGCGAGUACUUAAUGAGCUGAUAGGAGACUUUGACGAGCUGUUGGCGAGACCGGAGUUUCGGUGCGUGGAGAAAAUCAAGACAAUCGGAAGCACCUUCAUGGCGGCAUCUGGGUUGGAUCCGAGUAGUCGCGGGGAAGACAACGAACAUCUGUUCACGUUGCUGGAUUUUGCAAUCGCGAUGCAGCAGGUCGUGGACUCGUUCAACCGGGACCUGCUGGAGUUUAACCUGAUCAUGCGGGUGGGGUACAACUUUGGGGACGUGACGGCAGGUGUGAUCGGUACCAGCAAACUCUACUACGACAUCUGGGGUGAUGCGGUCAAUGUGGCAUCCCGAAUGGAUUCGACCGGUGUCCCCGGACGGAUCCAGGUGGGAAGUGCCUGCGUUCCGACGCUGUCCGAACGGUACGAUUUCGAGCCCCGGGGGAAGGUUUACGUGAAGGGGAAGGACCACAUGGAAGUGUACCUGCUGGUAGCCAAGAAGCCAGAUCUGCUGGGACCACCAGAGCUAGAUAGGGACCCGAUGUAACUUAGGGUUAGGGAUAGGGUGGACGAGAUAGGAUUUCACUUCAGAAAACCGGUUUCAGAUCGAAAACGGGACGAUACACUCCUCAGGAGCGGGUUUGAAUGUUUUUGUGUUGUUUUAGGGGACUAUGAAUGGGAAACAUAGGGACAGAAUAGUUGGUUUGACGUUGGUUCAUCGGAUCAGAUGGUAUGUGUACUGGUAAUGUUAUGUGGUUUAUUUAGCACUUCAACAGGCCUUUCAUGUGACAGGUCCAUCUAUGCAUUUGUUUACAUUGGUAGAGGAUCGGUACAUAGGCAUUUUCAUGAAACGUGUAGAAUCAGCUGA